AUGGCAGGAAAACUGACACCACCGACAUUCAAGAAGCAGACAGUGAACAACCUCACAGGACCAAAACAGGCCGCUCCCAAAGAGAUGGAGUGUACACUUUCAAAUGAAGGCAAAUCUCCACCUACAAAGAAAAAGACUCCUCAAACCUCAACCGUGGACUCAGCAGGUGCAUUCGCAGCUGCAGCUGCAGCAAAUGCUGACGUCGUCUGUCCGUGUGCUCUCAUCUCAGGUGCAAGCAGAGAGCUCAACAUGCUGGUGGCAAACUUUGCUGAAGUCUUAAGUGAGAGAGCUGCAGGCGACAACACCCAGAUGAAGGAGCUGGAGGGCCUUCUGGUCCAGGCUCGGAACCUGGAGUCCCACCUGAAGGAGAAGAAGCAGCACCUGAAGCAGACGCUGGCUCUGAUCUCUGAUAAGCUGCAGGGUUAGAGGAGCCUCUGCCUCCCCUCUCUGGUUGUUCCU